AUGCGGCAAAAAACGCGUAUUAUAAUAUUUGUGCCGCGAGACCUUGUUGAGGUACCGGAUGUGGUAGCUAUCAUAGCAAUGGACCUCGGUCAUACUAAAAAGACAGUUAGAUUAUGUGCUUUGAGGUCACGUUUUGUGGUACUCGCAGAUGUUACAUUUAAGAAUCGUCGGACUCCCAAGCCGGAUAGCUUGAGCGACCCUUGGCGGAAAAAUGUAGUUUCAGUAGAUGCUUAG